AAGCAUUCACAUGCACCUGCCAGGGCCCAGAGCGAUAUGGUUGCGGCUCAAGCCACGUGCAGGCGCGUUCUAGCGUGUGCGUGACUGCCUUGAGCAGACCGGUUCUUUCAAUCUUCACUUCAUCGUUCAACUUGCUUUACUUCCUCGUUUCGACAUUAACUGACAUACCCAUGAUCCAGUCGCUCCUGUACGAGCGUGCUUCUUCUACAUAAGAGCGCAUCCCGGCGGAAUGGCGGCGAAGAGAAAGAAGGCCGAGCCGAUAAGCGCUCCACCAAAGGCAAAGAAGGCCAAGACCGGGGCUGCCACUAAGCCCGAGCCAGAAGGGUAUGCGAAAUGGCAGACCAGGAGCGAACUGUCCUCCGGCCUCGCGCUCGGCGAGCAGGUUUCGCAAUGGGACGUCGUGGCGAAUGGAUUCAUCCAGACGAUCAAGAUCCACUCCCCGGCCAUGUUCAAGGUCAAGCCCCUCACUCUCACCGAUGGACCUUACAAGGGACACAAACUGCUGAUGCUCGAGCCGGUCGAUAUCACAGACUACUUUACCUUCACCAAGCUUCCAGCUGAGCUGCGUCUCGUGAUCUACGAGCUACUGUUGCUGGAGCCGGAAGGGACGAUCAAACUCUCCACGGUCAAGCCUCGCGGCCUGGACAGACGUUCUUGCUGGGAGAGUAUACAAAUGGCCCACCCCGGCAUGCAAUGGAACAAGGCAACCGGCAAAUGGAUCGGCCAGUCUUCAACUAACAUGUCCAUACUCCGCGUCAGCAAGCAACUGCUCGCCGAAGCUGCGCCGAUCUUCUACGGCAAACAUACCUUCAGUGCCGGAACCAUGAGUACGCUGGCCCACUUUCUCAGGACCGCUGGUGACAUGCGCCAGUACAUCAAGCACAUCAGCCUUGGGGCAAGCGCAUACACAGCCACAUGGGCGCGCAAACUCAGAUCUCUGCUUCAGCCUGCCCACAAUCUGGAGAGCUUCACCGUUCCCCACAGCUUAAUCUGCACCGAGAAGCUGAAAGGGUGGUACCUUCGUCAUUGCUUACCACCUUCAUAUCUCGCAGCUCUGUGUGCGCCGAUGUUGAAGGCCUCGGCCACAGCCCACAAUGGCGAUGUUGACCCCUUGGAUGUACAAGGCAUCCUUCGACUCACGGUUCCGAGUAAGUGCUAUCACUGUCGUACUGGGCACAAGGGUGGCAAUGGUUGCGGCGAGCUCAUCUGCAACAUUGAAUGUAAGGACCGCGACGAGCACCAUCAAGAUCUCGUGAAGAAGCUGCGAUCGGCAGUCGCACGUUGUCUGGGGCUUACAGUGGUUGAGGAAGGCAGUCAGGGCGAGCGUAGCGACAGAGUGACGGAUGUUGCUGAGUGCGCAAAUGAUGCGCAAGGCAACGAGGAAGAGACCAGCGUUUAAGAUUUGCGUCAAUGCUGCCUUUUCGGCGCCCCAGAACUGCGGCAACAUCACGGGACGCUCGGUAACUGCGUGUGUCUGCACGCAUUUGCGUAGCCGUGUCGUUGGCAGAGCUGUGACUCGCGAGGAGUGAACAAUGGAGCCGGCAACGAGUCGUGACAAGCGCUUCGUAGUUUAAUAUUACUGCUUACAGACGGAUGCUUC